CUGAAGCAGGCUCCAACUAGAAAUUCCACUUUAAGUGUAUUCAUUCUCUUGUGUUAAGCAUUAUUCUCUUCAGGGUUUAUGUCUAGAGUGCAGUUCUCAGUAUCCUUAGAAUGUCUGACUUUUCAAUGUGCACUAAAUUGGACUUCGAAGGUGUUCUUUUUCUCUUUGAAAGUGAGACCACAGCCCCCAGGAAUUCUGGGAACCUUGCAGGGGUGGGUGGGAUGGAAGAUAAGAGAGUUGCUGUAGGCAUAAGUUUAUUGGACACAAAAGGUAGAAAAGCACAAAGUGAACUUCAUCAAGUGCAGUCUAACCUGUCUCUUGAAAGUGCAUUUACAUUUUAACUGUUUUUAAAAAUGUGAAUUUAAGUAUAAUACUCUGCUUUAUAGUAUUCGACUUUAAAUGAGAAGAAGACUUCUUUUAAGAAGGACCUUCUGUUAAAGAUUUAAGGACCUUCUUGUGUUUAGCUCCAGAUGCUGAUUCCUAUUGGAGAAUCAGACCUUUCCUGUCUAAAUAUAAAGCUGGAUUGUAACACUGCUGGGGGAAAGGGCAGCAAGCAGUACAGGGAGAACAGCUGUGAAGUGUCCCAAAAGGAAAAGGAGUCACAGUGAAACCAAAUGUCAUAGGCAAAAUCCUUUAAGUGUUGUGCAAUAGUUCAUUCUCUGUUCAACCCACUCUAUCCCCUGCCCCUGCCCCGGUGAAAAUAACGUGAUCUUCUCGUUACAGAUCCACUGCUUUGUCCUUUGUCUUUGAAGGCACGGGAUCGCGAUACUACUUUCUGAUUGUCAUAUUUUGAAGAGCAGUGUCGUAAAAAGUAUCUACCUGCUCCCAAUCUCUCCCCUGCUUCCCCGCUCCCCCCCCCCCAUCUUGAAGCCUUAUAGAAAAAGCUAAAUAAGAAGAGGUGAAUCAAAUGAAGGGGCAACGUUAAUGCCCGGCGUGGAUUCAUUGAGACUUUAAAAAGACAUCUCUAAAAAAACCUGUUUUGUUUUUAUGUUUGCUUCUGAUUCCUCUGUGGAAUCCAGUCCAGCUCUUGGAGCCGGCCCUCUCGGGGAAUGUCCGGGACUCGGGUUGGUACCUUUUUGGCUUGGGAAUUUCCAGUAUGCAGAAAAAAAUCCACAAACCUAGUGCUCGUUGCCCCCUCCCCGCCUCCUCAGCCCCUCCUCUGUGCCCACGCAACCUCUUUCGAACGACAGGCUGUAUUCUGUAUUUUAGAAGAAAGGUCCUUAGCUUCCCCCGCCCCCAUUUAGAGCGGUGAAGAGAAAGCGGACGCUAUAAAGGGGGACAGGGAGAGGGGCUGGCCUCUUCUUGCCAUGAGGUCAGACGCUGAGUUUUAGAGAAAAAGGCUGCUUAACUGCUGCUGCUUAUCAUGUAACCUCAAAAGGAAACUGAUCAUCUCUAUCAUGCUCUCACGUACUUGGGUUAUUAUCGCUGAUUACAGCUGGAAACAAUUGAUUUGCCUUUACGUAUUUCUAUGACUUGGCUCUUCAAAUACAAAGGUUAACGGGAAGAUCGGGAGGCUGAACUUUACCUUUUGGCUUUCUUGGCCUGAUGCUGAACGCCUGAGGUUGAACCCCAUAUGGGGGUUGGAAGGCAGCAGAGAGGACCCUUUCAAGGUGUUCGUGUGAAGAACUCCGUGAAGGAGCUCCUGUUGCAUAUCCGAAGUCAUAAACAGAAGGCUUCCGGCCAAGCUGUGGACGAUUUUAAGACACAAAGUGUGAACAGAGAGCAAUUCACAGAGUUGAAGAACACACUAUCAUACAGUGGGAAAAGGAAAGGACCUGAUUCAUUGUCUGAUGGACCAGCUUGCAAAAGGCCAGCUUUAUUACAUACCCAGUUUUUGACACCACCUCAAACACCAACACCCGCAGAGAGCAUGGAAGAUGCUCAUCACAGUGAAUCCAAACAGGACAGCAGUGCCGAUCUGCUUCAGAACAUAAUCAACAUUAAGAAUGAAUGCAGCCCGAUUUCCCUGAAUACUGUCCAAGUUAGCUGGAUGAGCCCUGCGGCGGUCCCCCAGGGCUCUCCCCAAGAGCAGUGUCAGGACUUCCACAGAGGGCAGGUCUUCUCUCCCCCCGAGAAGUACCAGCCUUUCCAAGUCCGCGGCUCCCCGCACCUGAUGGACCAGGCGUCCCUGUACCAGUAUUCUCCGCAGAGCCAGAACUUGCAGCCGCCGCCUCCACCACAGCACUACACCCACAACCCAGCCCUGGAAUACAGUCCUUAUUCCAGAACGGCCCAGUCCCCCAACUACGAACCAAACCUCUUUGAGGAUCAAAAUCCACAGUUCUGCCCAGAUCAAAGUUUUGCAUCCCUUCUGAAUAGUCAGGAAUCUGAGAACAUUGCUGUUCCCAUUCAGAAUUCCCCUGGUGUUCAGCAGCAGAAUGAUGCCCACCUGCAGAACUUCAACAUGAUGCCACACGGCGCCUGUGAGGCCAUGGUGGGGCAUGAGGCAGGCUCUACGCCUUUAGGCACUUCGCUGCCAUUCCAGAACAUCAUCGUAAAUCCAAUGAACACCACACAGUUAGGGAAGUCAUUUUUCCAGUGGCAAGUAGAACAGGAAGAAAGCAAAUUGGCAAAUAUCUCUCAAGAUCAGUUUCUUUCAAAGGAUGCCGAUGGUGACACGUUCCUCCAUAUUGCCGUUGCCCAGGGGAGAAGGGCACUUUCCUAUGUCCUUGCAAGAAAGAUGAAUGCACUUCACAUGUUGGAUAUUAAAGAGCACAAUGGACAGAGUGCCUUUCAGGUGGCAGUGGCCGCCAAUCAGCAUCUCAUUGUGCAGGAUCUGGUGAACCUUGGGGCCCAGGUGAACACCACCGACUGCUGGGGAAGAACCCCUCUGCAUGUCUGUGCUGAGAAAGGUCACUCGCAGGUGCUUCAGGCAAUUCAGAAGGGAGCCGUGAAGAGCAAUCAGUUUUUGGAUCUUGAGGCAACUAACUAUGAUGGCCUGACUCCUCUACACUGUGCGGUCGUGGCCCACAAUGCAGUGGUGCACGAGCUGCAGAGAAAUCAGCAGCCCCAUUCACCUGAAGCUCAGGAGCUUUUGCUGAAGAAUAAGAGUCUGGUUGACACCAUUAAAUGUCUGAUUCAAAUGGGAGCAGCAGUAGAAGCUAAGGAUCGUAAAAGUGGUCGCACAGCCUUGCAUUUGGCAGCUGAAGAAGCAAACCUGGAACUCAUUCGCCUUUUUCUGGAGCUCCCCAGUUGCCUGUCUUUUGUAAAUGCAAAGGCUUACAAUGGAAACACCGCCCUCCACGUUGCUGCCAGCCUUCAGUAUCGGGUGACACAGUUGGAUGCAGUCCGUCUGUUGAUGAGGAAGGGAGCAGACCCAAGUACUCGGAACUUGGAGAACGAACAGCCAGUGCAUUUGGUUCCUGAUGGCCCUGUGGGGGAACAGAUCCGACGCAUCCUGAAGGGAAAGUCCAUUCAGCAGAGAGCUCCACCGUAUUAGCUCCACUGACUUGGAGCCUCGUCGGCAACACUCACUGUCAGUUAGGCAGUCCUAAUGUAUCUGUACAUAGACCAUUUGCCCUGUACUGGCAAAUGUAAGUUGUUUCUAUGAAACAAACAUAUUUAGUUCACUAUUAUAUAGUGGGUUAUAUUAAAGGAAAAGAAGAAAAAUAUCUAAUUCCUUUUGGCAGAUUUUAAUAUUUCAUACCCAGGUAUCUGGGAUCUACACAUCUGAAUUUAAUCUUAAAUGGUAAAAUUGACUUCAAUUAACAGUAGCUUUUGGGUAGGACAAGGCUUUGAUUUGUGGCGCAAGGCAUUGCUCGGGUAGCUAUUGCCAAUUUAAAAGUAGGUAAAUUAUAAAUGUUUUUUUAAGAAAAAUGAAAGCAUUUGAAAGAGAAAAAACAAAUCUGUAGUGUUGAGGCUUCAUUUGGCCUGACGCAGUACCUGAUAGCUGUUACCGGUGUUGGAAGGUGUCGAGGUGCUGGACCAGAUGCCAUGUACCAUAGUUAAAAUUUGGUUUUUGCAAAUUGUGUAUAGUUGUUUUUGUCUUUUGAAGUAUUUGUACAUAUUUGGUCAUUGACAUGGCCACAGUGAAAUGUGUAAAUGAACACAAUAGAAAAGAACAAGUGUCACUAUUUAAAAAAAUUAUGCGUGUUCCAGAGAGCUGUGUAAUGGCCGUCUGCCUGCCAUCUCUGUAGAGGAAGCAGAUGGAGAGUCAGUCCCCUCCUGGCUGACGGAGCUCUGUUUGAAUUGUAAAUAUGCUUUUACUCAUGCAUUGAGAUGAGACAUGUUACUUAUCGUGAAUUGCAUGUUCUUAAAGAGAACAUCUCUUUAUGGCUCACUUUCUAGAUUUUGUAAUCUACUUGUUAGAAUUUUCUUUUACCUUUAUUGGAACAGCAGAAAGUCAACACUGAAACAUGUCUCACUGGUUUUCUAUUGUCAAAUAAUGUUAAUACACCAUGAUGUUUUAUAUUACUAUUCAGAAAAAAUGUCUUAUUUUUUAGUAACCUUGAUUCUAUUAAUGUUAUGUUGUUUUACCUCUUCCAUACACCAAGGAAUGUAUUUGGCUUUGAUUGCACACACUAAUUCACUGUAAUAAAUUUGAUUCAUGAAAAAACUUUUUUUUUUAAAUGAGAAGUCCCACAAGCAACUGACUAACGAAUCAUCUUCAUAGCUGAGUCCUUUUAAAAAAGACAGUUUUUGGAUUGAUCACAUUGUUUGACACAGUAUGUCUUGUGGACAAAAGUUAGUUAUAGUUAUUUAGUAUCUGUCAAUAUAGCUGUGUUAUGAAGUCAUGGAAAAGCUCAUGCAUGGAUUUAAAUAAACAUUAAUUCAGCUAAUCUUAGAGAUGUUCAUUUAA